CUCAAUCCGCCAUCCCUUAACUCACCUCAUUGCCCUUCCGUACCCUACGAUUUAGAUUUACUGCGCAACCACAACCCACCGCCCCCUUUCCAGUGCUUUGCCAUUGCUCGAGGUUUUGGGCCCUUGGUAUCCCCGGGCUGUUCCGGAUCUCUCUGCCUCGCAUACCGAAGCCGCCUAGACUCGAAUGUUCGCAUCGCGACCGCUGCUUCGCAUCAGCCUUGCUUACACCUUGCCCUUUGCCUCCUCGCCCGUCCCCUCACGCCACGACACCAUACCGAAUACCACAAACUACUGAAGCGAUGGCCCAUAACGCUUUCCUUCCAUCAUGACCUCGCGGCCCCCUUUGGCCGUGCAGCAGCGGCAGCCCCAGCGGUCCAUAUCCGGCUCGGGGUUGUCGCAGCGACCGCCGCAUCAGCGGACACUUUCACAGCAAUACAUCCCGCCCUCGCCCAUACGGAAGGCGGAAACCUUUGGCGACUUGUCUUCUAACAUGGCAGGAUAUGGCACCACACCCCGUGCGGGAGGAUCCAAGCUCAAGUUGGAACUGUCCAACGAUGGCAUAACUCACGCCGGGUUCUCCGAGUCCCCUCUGACUCUUGAUCCCCUCUCUGCCAACAAACCAUUCACACCGUCACGUAUGAUGCCCAUGGGCGACGUCUCACCUCUUGGCGACAUGAGCGCACCGCCUUCGAGAUGUCAGACCGCUGACAACGACUCGAUACCGUUUCCCAUGCCACCGAGGCGGGCACGUUUCGCGGCGCCCGCAUUGAGACUUGGCAAGCCUGCAUCAGCUCCUUCCGCCCCGGCCAAGAAGGAUGUCAAGCCGAAGCCUUUUGUUCUCGAGACUCCCGCUGCUGCGCCUCGAUAUUCGAAUAUGGGAAAGGGGGAACCCUCAGGUAGCUCUGCCAAAAACACACAACCGGGCUCCCACGCGACUGACACUGGCGCAGGAUAUGCGGAUUUCAGCCCAUGGAAUGGCAAUGGCCCGGAAGACCGCUUUUCCGACACGGCCAUUCGGACAGGCGGCAACUAUGAUAAGCCGCCGACUCAACCCCAAACCGAACAAGGGUCGGCGAAAGCCACAUUGUUUCCUGCGCUCAAACACAAGAGUGGCCUACACACACUAUCAACUCUAUUUACAGGCAUCAUGAACCAGAGGCGGCAUAGCGGCCAGAUCACGUCGGCUUCGACUUUCAAGCCACCACCUCGUGUCACGCUUACUGAUACGAAGCGUGAACUAUGGCUGAAGGACCUUGCGAACCCUGCUAUAUCUCUUCGACGACUAAGCAGGACUAUUCCACACGGAAUCAGAGGAAGAGUAUUAUUAGACCAAUGUCUUAGCAAGAACGUACCGAGCGACCGUGCUGUGUGGUUAGCCAAGUGCGUGGGCGCCAAUGAAAUCCGAGCAUUCAAGAGAAAAGGGGUCAACGGCCAUUUUGUGAUGGGUGGUGAGACCAAAUGGAUCAGAGAUUGGACUGUUCAUAUCGAGCAAUUCGUCGACAGUGUGGUGAGCGCGUUCGGGGAGAUUGAGUGGAAGGCGAGAGUCACAUACGCAAUCCGACUGGCCACUCACCUCUAUUCUGAAUACUUGCUGGAGCGGGAUCACUAUAUGGAUUGGCUUGUCUCCGGAUUAGAGAACACUAGUCAGGCCAGGUUGCCCAUGUGGAUUUUGGUCAUACGGAUAUACUGGCAAGACCUACUCCGAUUAAGGAAGAUUGGAAGGCGACUAGUAACUGCCGUCCUCAGCCAUCAUGCCGCCAUAUACCAUCAUCCGGACCGAGACGUGCUUUUACCAUUGGCAAAUCAGUUGCAAUCUUUCAUAAGCGUCAUGCUGCUGGCUAGUCCGGACAGCUUUGUUCAUCCACCGACUUGGACCAGGUAUCGGAACGCCGUCCUGCCUCUGUUCUCGACGGGCCACGAAGCUCAAAUCCAUGCUGUUGAGCUGAUUGACCAACGCAAUGAGCGACUUACCAGCACGAACAUCAGAUCGCGGCCUGCGGUCCGUGGCAUCGUCGUCAAGUUCCUGGACACUACACUUCGGAAACCCUACAGCCCAGAACUGGCAGUAAGUAUUUGGAAAGUAAGUGAAGACAAGACGGGCCUUGCUGCAACGCUUCUUGAGUGGGGCAUGUCGCUAUAUCGACCCGGAAUCGCAAAGAUCUACGUCACCGCAAGCAUUUUAAGAGCAUGGUCGGCAUUCGGUAUUGAUAUCACAGCGGCCAUCCUCGACUUUUUGGACCGAGACCCGCUCCAAGACUCCGAUCGAAAAUACCUGGCAUAUCAUCUCGUGUCGGAACUAGUUCGAACCAACCAUUUCUCUGUUGCGCACUAUCUCCAGUGGCUCAUCGCCAGGGGUGGCCUAGUUGAUCUGUCUGAGACGCAACCUGAUGGGUCGUGCCUAACAAGGCUUCUAGUUGAGAUACCGAUACACGCUAUUAAGGACUCAAUCCGCAGCCUACGCGCUACAAUACUUCGCAAGGGUGGCUUCUCUACCGAGUAUGAAAGCGAUGAUAUUACGAAUGCAAUCAAGUGUGUUCAACACUCGUUUGGGAUUGCUUCUGAUGGCUGUGGUUCAGCGCACCAGAAGAAACCAUUGAGCAUAAAAAAAAUUGCGAAGCGUCUCACACUUAGUAGCCGAGCGCUUCAGGCAGAGGUGGGAAACUGGCUAUGCAACGAAUUCGUGGCCAGUUUCUCCCAACAUACACAUAUGGGAAAGGGCAGCGUUGAACUCAGUGGUUCUCAAUUCGACUCAGUGCGACGGCUUUUGGAAGCUACUCAGGAUUACUCAAUGCUUGAGUGCACGAUCAAAUUACUGUUGAUCUCUUCAAAUGCGGAACUGCUUGCAUCCUGUGCGGACACCGUCAAUCUGCAUUCUCAGGUCUUCGCUGCGACUGGGUCUGUAAAAUCGUUGUUCGAUAGCCUUUUGGAACGCCUCAGGACGGUGAGCGAGCUGCAGGGUAUCGGAGCGCGCCCGCUGCUGGCAUCUCUAACGCGGCUUGCACCAAGACUUGUUGGUAUGGGUGAUGUAGCAUCUCGUUUGCAGCUCGAUCUGAUGAGAAUCGAUAGAAGCAGCGCGCUUGAUGCUUCGUCGCCGCUAUCUGAUAACAUGGCUAUGCAGCUGGAAGAUGAGGAAACCGAGCUGAACGAGCAAAUUGAGAAGCUAGCAAGCUUUACCAGUGCUGACAGGCCAACGAUAGAGCGAUUGUUCCACACGAUCAUCAACCGCCUGCAGAGCUGCUGGAACAAGGCCGACGAGAGACAACGGCCGUACUCCAUCCUCCUGACCAGGCUGAGGGUUUUCGACACCCAACAUUUCGAUACUCUGAUGAGGGGCUGGGUUCAACAUAUCCGUAGGCUCACUCACCGACCACAGAUGACUCAGAUCUACCCGCUGUUGAUAAGUUCGGGGUGUUUGCCUUGGACCGCGUUGUUUGCAACGGCCAAUAGAACCGGCAUGCAGGGUGGCACCGCUAUUGGGUUCGCGUCCAUCUACAUGCAGGAAAUUUUACAGCUGCUGGUAACAACGUUGGCGCCAAAUCUCUUCAUGACUCCCGAAGACUGUUACCGAUUCCGUAUCAUGCAGGAGCAAGCAAAAGUAGAGCGUGUUAAAGAGGUGACGCUUCUCAUUAGGGGUGCAUUAGCAGAAUACUCUAUAUCACGCACUUUGCAACCACCAAUUUCGCAGCCGUUGGAUGACGACAAGACCAGAGCUCAGCUCUUGGAACUCCUGCGCAGCUUAGUACUUGUCGACCCUCAGGCUGUAAGCCAGACUUUGUCUCUCAAAUGUCCAGACCCGAAAUUAUCACUACUUAUCGAAAACAUCACGACAAAUCUGCUGGUGCCUGAAGGUGGUGGGGGACAGAAGACCUUCGAGCAGGUACUGGAACUGGCCAACGAGUUUACGUUGCCCUUUUGCCAGGUCAAGCUUUCCUUGAACAUGGCGACUGACGACUCGAAUGGAGACAGUGGAGAUCGGCUUCAGUCACAGCUGGCGCUGCUAUCCAAGGCCUUGGAUAAUGCUAUCGAUGCUAACAAUAUCAUGUGGACUGGCAUGUUAUCGUCUAUGAGCCCAGAGAUUACACAACAUAUGAAGAGUCGGGCGGAAGCGCGAUUUUUAGAGAUGAUGCCAUCCCUGAAAACUGCUGCUACUCCCGAUGCCCUUGAUAAUCAAGGUAUCGGCAUGGCUGAGAAUCUUCUGGCAGUGAUUGACAUGAUCAUUCGCGGCACACCUGGGUCCAGAUCAGCUCAGAUUUCUCCUGUAAUGGCGGAGAAACUCGCUGAUCUGUGGGAGAUCAUAUUAUCUACUAGUCCGGAAGCCACAAUCCUAAAGGAGACAACCCUUGAGCACUGGCUGCCACUUCUGCUUUCUUACGUCAACCUGCACACCUCAGGUACAGCUGAUGCCUCGAAGCCUGCAAACGAGACUCGUGCUCGAUCACUUCUGGUGCUCGCUGGUCUCGUUCAAGAGCUUGGUCACUGUCGAGCGUUAGAGUUGGCUGCGCGCGCUUAUGACCUUGCCUUGCUCCUGGCGGAUAAUCUUGCUGAUGAUGCCCGCCUGCAGUGUGUGCGCGCUGUCAAGGAUUCCACGUCUCAUCAUCGUAUACGCUAUCUCUUCAGCUUCACGCCUAAUCCAGCUGAGAACUUGAUGUUGGCGCACAAGGAGAAACCGCCAUCCGGUAUGAGCCUCAACGAGCGACGAGCGAUGGCUCUUGGCAUUGGGAUGGGCAUGUUGCCAGAAAAGCUCACGCCCUUUACCAUGAGAAGAUGGGAGAUUCUUAGUGAGCCUACUCCGAAUGUGGGCGAGAACGACACAAGUCUGAGCCUUCACCUAUUUGAUGCAAGAAAGAUACAAUGACUUUGACACCAAGUGUCACAUACCACAUACACAUAUCAUAGCAGGGGUUGGAAGACCUCCCCUUUUUCAUUUGUUUAACGAUUUUGUUUAUAGCUUAUAUCAUAGCGGGCGUCUGUCUUGGAGUUAGGAUUGGGGAGAUCCAAUUGCCUGAAACGUACACUCGUAAUCUGCUGUACACCAUGGGUGAUACAAGGGGUAGAUGCAUCGCUCGUCAUGGCAUGGCAUUGCAUUGGGUUGGCGCUGGAUUUCCUUUUUGUACCGUUUAGUCUAGUGAUACCUUGAUGUAAACUGGAAGCAUGGAGGAAGCAGAUGUACUGAAUAGCGGAGCAUCUACCUGGGGAUGUGGGAAUGAAGUGAAAGUGUUCUAGAUCAUUCCUUCCCUGCAGACCUGUUGUUCAGUCCGGUGGAAGUGUCAUGGCCAUACACUACUGUCGUGUAGCAGCUAUUGGCUACAUCUGCAG